AUGUCUGAGCCUGGGACUGCAGAAACUGUUGCGAGACAUGCUUUUCUGAAACCCUUGAUGGCUUCACAGCAGUCUCAAGGGACGUCAAGUCCAUCCGCAUCAUCUAUCUUUCUUCCGCUAGGACGCCGGGGCUCUCGGACAUCUUUAUCAACCCAUGCCGAACGGAAGGGCCUAAACGCUGCACUAGACCAGAUUCAUACGGCAGCUUACCAGUCCGAUUCUCUUACCACAUUUAACGACUUCACCAAUCCGCCCGCUCCCACUUCCGCGACUGAAGAGAAAAGCUUCUCAGGCGAGCUACAAGGAGGCUUGAGUGGGUUAUAUAGCCGGUUUCGAACUUCGGUGGGCGGGGUCAGGGACAUCGUAAGCGGCGUGGGAAGGUCACUAGACAGGUCCUCCACUGAGGACCAUGGAAUAAAAAGUCCUCCGUCGGAGCGCUCCGUCUCGAAAUCUGCUCAUGGCUCGACAGCUUCAAUACCGGAUUCUCAGCAGUACCACCCGGGCUCAUCUCAGGGUUCAAGAUUACACUCACCAACGUCCAUCACUCACCAAUCUACGCAAGAUGGCUUCUCUUCCCUACUGGCUGGGAAAGGUUCCAGGCUUUCGUCGAAAACUGCGAGUAUAUCCUCAAAGGCCUCUGUCUCGCCCUCACCCGCGAUGAAAUCUCCUGUUGUGCCGUUGCCCAAAAGUACGACUAGUUCGGUAGCUGUAGACCCGACAGUUACUGAGCUUCAUGUCAACGCUAUCAAGGAACCUCAUAACUCGAGCAACAACUCCGUAAAUCCCACCUCUCACAGCUUUCAAUCGAUCGAUUCAGUUAGCACAGACAAAGAAGAUGGCCCUCUCACUGCAUCUAUAAGCUCGUCAGGGUGGGGCCAACGAAUAUCACAUUCCCCGGUCUUGCAGGCGAAGGCCCAGCACUUCCCGUUUGAAGGCUCGGGCACUUCAGAUGUUAGCAGGUCAUCUACAAUGACCAGUCAGGUCCCCGAUAGUUUUAAGAGGUCAGAUAGCCAAGUCACUCAUGAUUUAGAUACAUCAUUACCUGGCCCGGUGCGAAAAGCGAGGCAUUCAGUCGAAGGAGUACAUGUUGGGACAGAGAGAAUCAGGUCGAAUUCGGGGGCUUCGUUCAAUCCAGAUAAAUCUGUUGCUGCUCCAGUUUCUGCACCGAGUAAUGUGUCUCAAUUCUCCGGUAACACUGACAACUCGUUUUCUGAUAAUCAACCUCCAUCUACUGCUACGACACCUAUACCAUUGGUAGAAAGGGAGGUCCCGCCGAAAGAAUCAAAAAAGGCACUUGUCAAGAAUAAGCCCAAGGAAAGACUUCUUCUUCCCAGCUCGAGCCGCUUACCGGGAUAUGUGGCUUCUCAAGCCUCCCCAAGCGAUACAUCGAUGGGCUCUGCUGCUAUUACUCCGCUGGGCACAGCGGUUGACAUCGGCCCUAGUCAGGAUGGGCGUAGCUGGCGUUCUCAUGCGACUGGUGAUGGUGUUAUGUCACAACUCCGGAGUAAACUGCUCAGUAAAGAUUUCUGGAUGAGAGAUGAGAACGCAAAGGACUGCUUCCAUUGCGGCGAGCCUUUCUCUACAUUCCGACGCAAACACCACUGUCGGACCUGCGGCCAAAUUUUCGACUCGAAAUGCACACUUCUAAUCCCUGGAGACAGAUUCGGUCAACCGGGCACUAUACGCGUCUGCAAGCCGUGUGAAGCUAUGAUUAACGGGCAUGAUGAUGAUUCCUCGGAGUUCUCAGAUAGCGAACAGAGCCCGGUUGUGGUCAAUCCUCGAGUUUCCGAUCUAGGCUUGGGAAGUUACCCACGUCCCACGGCCGACGACGAUGAUACGUCUUCUAUAGUCUCGCAAUCGAUAGACCAAGUCAUGAAAACUCCAACGAUGGCCAUCCCGGCAACAAGACGUGCUGGUGAAGGCCAUAAUCGCCGGUCGGCUGUCCUAGAGAUCAGCCCAGAUCGGCCAUUAGCAAGGCCAACAUCCUCAAGAUCGCUCAAGUCAUCGCUCAGUGGGCGGACUCAUUCAAUGGGUCAUAAGCGCCAUCACUCUCGUCAGCAGUUCAUUCGAAACUUCAAGCCUUAUCAUGACGACCGAGCCCCCUUCCAGAGGCGGCAUGUAGAGGACACUGCUCUUGAAUCACGACUACCUGCGUUCCACAAGGACAACAUCAUCGACCCGGAUCUGGCACAGUACCUCUCUGAUGAUGCCUCGAGUGGCGACGAGCAGCCAAGCCUGCUAUCAGCCGUAUCAGAAGGGUCAUUGUCUAAAAGCGGUGGUGACAAUGAAAGAACAACGUUUGGAGGGUUUCUCGCUGCCAUGAAAAAAGGCAGAUCUGCAUUUGGGGACAGGAGCCUUGCAAACUACAGCCAUGUCGGUCGCGAAUUAGAUGAGGGUAGCAUCAGCAGCUCGAGAGCAGUGAACCUUCCUCGUCCUCGCCGGCGUAAUCUUAGCGUUGCGAGCAGUGUCCACCAACGCCCCUCACCCAGAGCAUCCAAAGACAGUGUUUUCAACCAGCAGGACUCUGCAACCGCUGCCCAUGUAUUCCCUACUGGGGUAACUUCUAGCGGGUUUAAGAUGACACGAAGCUCGUCUAUGAGAGGAGCCGGUGCUCCGCCGGUAGAGUUAAAUAAGGCUAGCCUACAACAUGUUCGCAAGCUCCUCCGGCAACUUCUGAAAGAUGCUUCGAUACCUCAUGUCCAGAGCUGGGAAACUGCUCUGCUUCCCAUACUCCUAAAAGCAGCGGAUGAGGUCGAUCCGGACGUUCAAGGUGGUGACGAUAUGGAUAUUCGUCACUAUGUAAAACUCAAAAAGAUCUUGGGCGGUCGGCCUGGAGAUACUUCCUAUGUAUCCGGCUUAGUUUUUACAAAAAACCUUGCGCUCAAAAGCAUGUCUAGGUGCAUUCCGCAGCCGAAGAUACUGAUAAUUGCUUUUCCACUUGAAUAUGCCCGUCAUCAGCAACAUUUCAUGAGCUUGGAGCCUGUCAUUCGCCAGGAGCGUGAGUUCCUCGAGAAUUUAGUAAGCAGAAUAGCUGCUCUUCGGCCUAACCUUCUGCUGGUUGAGAAGAAUGUCUCUGGGCUAGCUCUAGAGCUACUGGACAGAGCCAAGAUUGCAACGGCAUACAAUGUCAAGUCUUCUGUCCUUGAAGCUGUAUCCCGAUGCACCCAAACUAGGAUAAUCACUUCUAUGGAUAAACUUGUGACCACUCCUGUGACUAGCGAAUGUGGUAGUUUCGAUGUCAAAACCUAUGUUUACAACGGACGCAAAAAAACAUACAUGUACUUGUCCGGCUGCCGCAAAGAGCUCGGGUGUACAAUUGUUCUUCGUGGUGGUGAUAGUGAAGUGCUCUCAAAGGUGAAACGGAUAACUGAGUUCAUGACCUAUGUUGUUUACAACCUUAGGUUGGAAACUUGUUUGAUGAGAGAUGAGUUCGCUCAGAUGCCGGCGUCAUCCGACAUUGAAGCCGGCAGGGAGGCAAUUGACGCCGCACGCUCGAGCGUCUUAACUACAGCAAAUAAAUGUGGGGAGAAAUCAGGUUCACCUCCAUCAAGCCCGCAGCAGGAUUCGAAUGAAAAGAAUGAUGGAUCUAUCGCAGAGAAAUCUACUGUUGCCAGCGAGGUCACAGAAGUGCCUGAUGACGUUCCCAUGCCGACUUAUUAUCAAGACUUUGUGCAUGAUAGUGAGGUAAAGAUCCUCUCUGCCUCUCCGUUCGUCAAGUUUGAGCCCCCUUAUCUGCUUAAACGCGCAAGAGAAAUGGAACGGAGACUAGCCUACUUGAAACGUCUGCGGGACCAGAACCUUGACUUUGACCCAUCAUUAGAUGAAAAAACUAGGUCACAAAAGUUCGUUCUUGUAACUCCUGAAAUGGUCCACGAAUCACCUCAGGACGCUUCCCCGAAAGUAAAAGAGGUUUUGCAUGCGGCUCAUGACGCCGAAUAUGACAGAGCCCUGCAUAACUAUCAAACUCAGAAACGUCAAUGGGAAGCCUAUAUUGCUGGAGCAGCGGGCGUUUUUGACCCAUAUUCACAUCAGAAUAUAGUCGUUCUCUUCAGUCUUGUCUGCACUACGUCAUCAAUCCCCUGUUCAGGCCCGGAUCUUCUUGCUUUGGAAUACUAUAACGAGCAUGGUGAUGACGCGAUGUUUGAACCCGAUUGUGCGCUUGGCCAAUAUGUGGAGGAUAUAUGCCUCAAUGCCAACGCCAUUUGCAACGUAAAUGGUUGUGAGAAGCGGAUGUUUGAACAUCACCGUCAGUACGUACACGGAGAAGCCCAAAUAAGCGUGUUCAUUCAACCGUAUCCUUCGAAACUCCGCGGUCUUCAGGACACAAUUCUGAUGUGGAGUGCCUGUAAAAUAUGUGGGAAUGAAACCCAGGUUUUCCCUAUGUCUGAGAGUACGUGGAAGUAUUCGUUUGGGAAAUAUUUGGAGCUCUCCUUUUGGAGCAAGAACCUUCAUGCCCGGGCUGGCGUCUGUCCACACGAUUUGCAGCGUGAUCACCUCCGCUACUUCGGCUUCAAAGAUGUUGCCUUACGCAUCCACUACGACCCCAUCAAUCUACUUGAGAUCAUCGUUCCAAGAACACGGGUUACGUGGAAAGUGGACAACGAUCUAAAGCUCAGGAAUGACAUUUAUCUCAAGAUUGAACAGCGUCUGAACAAGUUCAUGCUCUCUGUCAAAGCGCGCUUGAAAGGCAUUAAUGUUGAAAGUGUCAUUCCAAAGCUGGCAGAAGAUUGCAAGCGAGAAGUUGAGGCCCUAACCAAAAAGGCUAACGAAGAUCAUGCCGCUCUGAUCAAACAAUUGCAAGACAAGUAUAUCAACUCCCGUUAUUGGGAGAUCACACCUUUGAACGAAGUGGCACGUUUUGCUCAGGAGAAAGUUGUUGAAUGGGAUACCGCAUUUGCGGAAUUCGAAAAGAACUUCUUUCCUUCCGAGAAGGAUAUUAGGAGGCUGGCAACAUUGCAGUUGAAGAAAAUAUUCUUGGAUAAGGAUGCAUCUGUUACUUCUCUUACUUCAACUGAAGAGGCCCUGGUUACCCCUACGGAACCUGAGAGUGAGAAUACUGAAGAACCGGAAAAGCCACGUCCGAUGCGUCGCAUGACUUUGUCUCCGGAGAAGGCGCAAGAUGUCCUAGUAUCUGUUGUUGAAGAACACUCGGGCAAAGAGCAGAAAGCUGACGGCCAAGAUAACGGCUCCGCGAAGGUUGAAGAAACUGAUGCACACAGCCCCACACCUGCACCAGAGGAAAGGCUAUCAUCUUCUCCUGCAGACGAAGCCAUGGCGAAAAAAGAAGUGCAGCACCUGGACCUAGCGUUGCCUUCAACCCAACAUGAACAGACACUCGUGGAUAUGAAUGCGCAGAGCACGGUGGGUAAACCUGAAUCAGAACCAUUAGCAAUCGAUUCGAGUAAAGGCGCUCUGGAGGCCAUUAUUCCCGAGCAAGGAGACUCCCAGGCGCUAAGCCAGCGGGACUAUGAUACUGAAAAACCAAUACACUCUCCCAAUUCUUCUCCAAACCAAUACCGUUCAGCAAUUCCACGGCCAGCCGAGGGUGCUACUAGGCGCAAUGCAAAGGCAACUUCUCCACCCCUGUUCCGUGCUCAGUCACAGCCAGUGCAGUUCCAGAAGGAAACUGUGUAUGACAACAGUCCCCUGAAAGGGUUCAGGAUUAACACUGGGAGAAUUGGCGGUCGCGACGGUGCUGUUAGCCCCCCUCCUUAUGAAGUGAGGUUCAAGGGCCCAGACAAAAAGCUAUCAGAACGGUUCGGUCUUAAUGCCUUCCGAAACGGAAGACUCACGCCCGGCCCAUCUUUGAUACCUCGUUCAAUACCGACAAGAAAGGGUCACCCGCGUGUUUCUUCUCUGGCCAAGCACUUCGAGCAAUUGAGCCGAGAGUUCGAAAAGGAGCGACAACGUGAAAGAGCCCAGAGAGCCGCCAAGCGUUCACAAUCUCGUGCAUUUCCGCUUGCAAGUUCAAAGCCGAUUGUGGAGGUGUACAAAAAUGUUAGGGAAGCAGUUGAGGAACGAGAGCCUUCGGGUGAAGGGGAGGACCUCCUCUCAUCCGCAUCGCGGACUUCCAUAGACGACUCAAGCAAAGACGGCGAAGCACUCCCGGCAAGACCGUUGCAAGAAGGACAAAGAAAAGAUCUUACUUCGCAGGAGCCUCCAACCACGCCAGUGGAAGCUGACAGCCUCAUUCAAAGUACGGAUCCAAUCUUUUCGGAAGGCGAAGCAGAGGAGGUACAUAGCGAUGAGGAUCGCUCUUCAGUGAAUGGGCUACAAGUCACAGAUUCAAAUGAAGAACUGCCCAAGAUGUCACCGGAAGAUGAACAGCUGGACCUGAAAGAGUUCCCAAAACACGAAAGAAGCACGCUUCUGAAACUGCUAACAAACUUCUGGUCGGAGCGUUCUGCCAGUGGAUGGACUCCCCUCGAAUAUCCAUUAACCAUGUCCGACCAUGUUUUUGCAGAUUGCGAUAUUAUCGUACGCGAGGAUGAACCGAGCUCGCUCAUUGCCUUCGCUUUAGACUCUCACGAUUAUAAGGAAAAGCUAGCGAGCAUCCAGAAACGCUAUGAGGAGCUCGAUGAGAAAGACACGGAUCUGGGGGAAGGACCAGAUGCGAUGAAUGAAGCACGGGUUGAGCAUGCUCUUUUGAGAUCUACGGGGACGCACCUCAAGUAUCAGUUCCAGGAAGGUCAGGCAAAAAUGCUUUGCAAGGUGUUUUACGCUGAACAGUUCGAUGCUUUGAGGAAGAAGUGCGGAAUUGCCGAGCGUAUUGUAGAAUCACUAUCCCGAUGUGCAAAAUGGGAUUCAAAGGGAGGGAAAACAAAAUCCAUUUUCUUGAAGACGCUGGACGAUCGGUUCAUUCUGAAAUCGCUGUCGACUAUCGAGACCCAGGCUUUCCUCAAGUUUGCUCCAGCGUAUUUCCAGAUCAUGUCUGAAGCACUAUUCCAUGAGUUACCGUCUGCGAUCGCCAAGAUGUUCGGAUUCUACCAAGUGAUAAUCAAGAAUCCUGCCACAGGCACCGAGUUUAACUGGUUUCUUUUAUUAAUGGAAAACCUGUUCUACGACCGCGUUCCGACGCGGAUUUUCGACCUCAAGGGCUCGAUGAGGAAUCGCAAGGUACAGAGCACCGGGGAACGCAACGAGGUCCUGCUUGAUGAGAACAUGGUGGAUUUCAUCUACGAGACACCGCUCUUCACCCGAGAGCACUCUAAAAAGCUUCUGAGCCAAAGUGUUUGGAACGACACUCUCUUCCUGGGCCGUCAAAAUGUCAUGGAUUAUUCACUUAUGAUUGCUAUUGACGAGAGCCGGUCGGAGUUGGUAGUCGGUGUUAUCGACUGCAUCCGUACCUAUACGUGGGACAAGAAAUUAGAAUCAUGGAUCAAGGACCGUGGAUUCGCCGGUGGUGGUAAGAACCGGCCCACUGUGACCAGUCCCAAGGAAUACAAGAGUCGGUUCAGGGAAGCAAUGGCCCGAUACGUUCUUCAAGCACCAAGCUGUUGGAGUCAAUUCCAACAGCCCCAGAUGUAUCGGUACACUCCGGUAGAGCAACCUCCAGGCCAGGCAUACCAUGCGUUGGAUGGCGACACUGCCGAAGGAAAUGAAUCAGGUGGUUCCUAA